AAUAGCGGCGUGGCCCGAAGCGGGGGCCGCCCCGGUCGGGCAGGGAGGCGGGGAGGUGGCCACUGGCUCCGCCCCGCUCCCCUCUGACCCGGUGUCUAGUCUCUCCGUCUUCCUGUUCCAAACCACGUGGACGCGUCUGGGCUGCUGGAGGCAGCCCGAGCCGCCGCCGUCGGUGUCGCCGCCACCACCACCAUCGGAGUCACGAGUCCCGCGUCUGUCCGAAGUCGCCGCUCUCGGGCUGCUCACGUCUCUUCGGAGAGCGCGCACAUGGCGACUCAGGCGCACUCCCUCAGCUACGCAGGGUGCAACUUCUUGCGCCAACGUCUGGUCCUGUCUACUCUGAGCGGGCGCCCCGUCAAAAUCCGAAAGAUUCGGGCCAGAGACGACAACCCGGGCCUCCGAGAGAUGGGAUCUCACUAUGUUGAUCAGACUGAUCUCAAACUACUGGCGUCCAGUGAGCCUUCUGCCUACCUGUCCCAAAGUGCUGAGAUUACAGGCAAGAGCCACAGUGCCUGGCCAUUUUGAAGCCAGCUUCAUAAGGCUAUUGGACAAAAUAACGAAUGGUUCUCGAAUUGAAAUAAACCAAACAGGAACAACCUUAUAUUAUCAGCCUGGCCUCCUGUAUGGUGGAUCUGUGGAACAUGACUGUAGCGUCCUUCGUGGCAUUGGUUAUUACCUGGAGAGUCUUCUUUGCUUGGCUCCAUUUAUGAAGCACCCGUUAAAAAUAGUUCUACGAGGAGUGACCAAUGAUCAGGUUGACCCUUCAGUUGAUGUUCUUAAGGCAACAGCACUCCCUUUGUUGAAACAAUUUGGGAUUGAUGGUGAAUCAUUUGAACUGAAGAUUGUGCGACGGGGAAUGCCUCCUGGAGGAGGAGGCGAAGUGGUUUUCUCAUGUCCUGUGAGGAAGGUCUUGAAGCCCAUUCAACUCACAGAUCCAGGAAAAAUCAAACGUAUUAGAGGAAUGGCGUACUCUGUACGUGUGUCACCUCAGAUGGCGAACCGGAUUGUGGAUUCUGCAAGGAGCAUCCUCAACAAGUUCAUACCUGAUAUCUAUAUUUACACAGAUCACAUGAAAGGAGUCAACUCUGGGAAGUCUCCGGGCUUUGGGUUGUCACUGGUUGCUGAGACCACCAGUGGCACCUUCCUCAGUGCUGAACUGGCCUCCAACCCCCAGGGCCAGGGAGCAGCAGUACUUCCAGAGGACCUUGGCAGGAACUGUGCCCGGCUGCUGCUGGAGGAAAUCUACAGGGGUGGAUGCGUAGACUCGACCAACCAAAGCCUGGCGCUACUACUCAUGACCCUUGGACAGCAGGAUGUUUCCAAAGUCCUGCUAGGCCCUCUCUCUCCCUACACGAUAGAAUUUUUGCGGCAUUUGAAGAGCUUUUUCCAGAUUAUGUUUAAAAUUGAAACCAAGCCAUGUGGUGAAGAACUCAAGGGUGGGGAUAAAGUGCUGAUGACCUGUGUUGGCAUUGGUUUCUCCAACCUUAGCAAGACCCUCAAGUGAUAACCAUCACCAGAUAAGGCCCCAAUGCCUACAGACAAAGCAGAAGCUGCCACGGACACCAAUGGGACCAAGUCCAAAUGGAUUAAUCCAGGACAGAAUAGCCACUUGCUUAAUUUUCUGUGAAGAAAUAUCAAUAUACAAAUAAAAGACAUCCCCGUAGCAUAUGGUUUCCAGCUGUUUCUCCAGUGGCAUUGCCAUUGCCCAGGAGGGGCCCAGUCACCAUGAGAGCUCCCUUGCCUUACCUGGAGGAAGAAUGUGCCUUCAGGCCACAGUCGUGCUGCUAGAACAGUCUCAUAGCUGCAGUUCAGCUGUGCUUCCUCAGCCUACUAUCAUAGGCUUCCUUGGCCCUCUGUCAUAUGGCUGUUUUCCAAACCUGUGGAGUCUGUUACUGUUCUUUCUGCAAGGACUCACCUCCUUGAGCCUUGGUUUUUGUUGUAGGGAUUAAAUGAGAUAAUAUGAGUGGCAGCUCUUCAUGAGUCCUGCAGUGCUAAGCAAAUGUCAGAAAUUGGUAUAGUAGACUAUUUAUCUUUUGUCUUCUGAAUGGAUUGCUGUCAUGGACACAGACACGGAUCUUCAUCUGGUUCAUUGUAUUUAUAUGUGAGGGAUGGGUGGCUGCAGGGGUACAAGUAAGUUAUUGGGAUUUUUUUUAUAUUCCAGGUGUGCUAUACAUUCUUAUUUUAUUUUCACAAUAGCUCUGUGAUGUAAAUGCUAUAUCCAUGAGAAAAUUCAUAAAGGGUGUUUUGUUCCUUUGAAAUGUAUAAUGUAAAGACAUUAAAUCUCCUCAUUUAAGGAUCUAAGUGUAAUAGAGUCAGGGUCUGGGAUUUUGCCCUUGCAAGCUAAUAAGUUAGAUUAUUACUUUUUUAUUGAUGCUACCGGAAGACAUGAGGAUCCUGGGUCAGAGGUAAAGAACUUUACUCAGCAUAGCAAGCAGCAUGAACUGCGUGUUUAUAUUGGUUUCCCCUGUCUCACAGUGGACAUGGAGCGGCCCAGGUAGAUGCUAUGCAUGUUACAAGUUUGCAUCAUAGCCAAAGAACUUGUAAUGUUUGGGGACUCCGCCUAUUUCAUGGCAAGCCUGUUGUUUCACGUGCAGAGAUGACUUCAUCCCUGAAGACUGCCUCCUGCAAACACAGUUUUGAGAAAACCCAGGUAAGAGCCUGGCCAGCAAGAAUAUGCAGGAAUACCAGGAUCCACGGCAGAUUUCCCCUGCCAACGAAUAAAGUCUGCAUUUGA